AUCCAACACUGUGGCAACAGCCCAUCUGAAGCAAGAGCUCGUGGCUGCGUCUUUGAGUCUAGCAAUCUAGCGUGGGUGCCAGCAGAGUGUUAUGAUAAGGAGAUUAGUGAUGAAUGGGACGCCAAGAGUUGGGUAUACGCCUAUGGCAUCAAUAAGCAAAAUGUAACCCUGGAGGAGGUGUUGAAAGGUGAUUUGGACCAUGUAUGGGUAACUUGGAGUCAACAUAUUGCACAUUGUGCACUUAUGGAACUCAAGUUUCAACGAGCCGUUCAAUUCAACUGGCCUAUGAACAAUUGGACAAGUCACUAUGCGCAUAGUUUACAUUGUGCCAAGAGCUAUACUGAGUGGGAUUUUAUGAAAACCCCUAAUAAACUUAACUCUAAGAUAUUUAUAAAGUUCCCAGUAUGUAGCUAUAGUUGGCAG